GCCGUCAAAAAUUUCCUUAAAAGCCAUAUUGGAUUAAUAUAGAUCUCUUGGCUAGAUUAAAUCUCGUAAACCGAUGGCGGGGAAUGUCUAUUUAAAUACUGAGCGGACGAAGCAUUGACCUGGCCAGCCUCAAACUAAUCAUCUAUACACGAUGAAGUUCCCCCAGGCUAUUCUUCUCUCUCUAAUUGGGACACUUCCCAGUCUUCUCACCGCAAGCCCUACAUCCAAAACUCCAUCGGCGUUAUCUACCCGUGGCCAUGAGCACAUCCCCCAGACAGUUGGACGACACUUCGAAAUAAACGGCAAAGUCCAAUACUUCGCAGGGACAAACUGCUGGUGGCUCGGGAAUCUUCUCAACGAUUUCGAGGUGGAACUGGCCAUUUCCCAAAUUGCUGACACCGGCUACAAAGUCGUCCGAACAUGGGGCUUCUUCGGCGUAAACGACCCGACCAACCCCGGUCAGCCGGUAUACUACCAAGUCUUGAAUCAGUCCUUGUACGAGGGUGGGCUUGGUAUUAACUACGGCCCGAAUGGAAUCUCCCGCCUCGACACCGUCGUCUCCCUCGCCGAGAAAUACAACCUCAAGCUCGUCCUCGCCCUAAUGAACAACUGGGAUGAUUUUGGGGGAAUAAACAUCUACAGCGCGGCAUUUGGCAGUAACGCCACGAGUUGGUAUACAAACCCACACAGCCAGAGCGCAUAUCGACGGUAUAUCGAGUUUAUUGUCAACCGGUACAAGCACUCGCCUGCGAUUUUCGCAUGGGAGUUGGGUAAUGAGCCAAGGUGUAAGGGGUGCGAUACUGGGGUUAUUUAUGAAUGGGCGAAGGGGGUGAGUUCGUUUAUUAAGCGGUUGGAUGGACGGCAUAUGGUUACCCUUGGAGAUGAGGGCUGGCUGUGUCCACCUGAGGGGGAUGGGACGUAUGCAUACGACUGUUCGGAGGGUGUGGAUUUUGUGCGGAAUUUGGAAAUUGAGACUUUGGACUAUGGUACUUUCCAUCUCUAUCCCGAGUCCUGGGGAUAUGAGUACGCCUGGGGCAGCGAGUGGGUGCGCCAGCAUGAUGCCAUCGGCAAGAGAUUCGGCAAGCCUGUGGUCUUUGAGGAAUAUGGGACGCCGCUUAAUCAUACGCAGCUUGAGCGACCAUGGCAGUUGACGACGUUGAAGGAGACGCAGGUGGCAGCGGACUUUAUCUGGCAGUUUGGGACUGUGCUUCCUAUUGAAGGAACCAGAUGGGGGGAUGUCAAUUCGAUAUACUAUGGGACGGAGGAGUAUGAGGUCCUUGGGUUCCAGCAUGCAGAGGAGAUGCUUGCAAAGCGUGUUAAAUAUCAUUAACCCUGAACUGGGCUGCUAAAUAAACGCCAACCAAGCCCGCUCUAUAAUAUUCCUCGCCUUCUUCUGCGGCCACCAAAUUGCAUCCAACUCUGCCUUCCCUGUAAACAGAUCGGCUUCUUCAGGUUAAAUCCAC